AUCCCGAGGAUGUUGUCUAAACCCUUCACGCCAUCCUGCCAGCCGCCUGCUCUACGCUCUUGCACCCUCCUAAGGCUACUAGGAAAAACUGACAUAUCCUCGUGGUGGUGGUGAUGCUGUGCGUGUUUGUGACUGUGAUGUGUCAUGCUUUGCCAGUUGUUCUAGGGGAGAUGUAAAAAGUGAUUGCAGUAAGUGGACCUUUACGAAUAAAAGAUACUUAUGAACACUUCCUUUCUCCUGAAGUAGAAAAUCGUAUAAAGUUGGAAAUAUCGAUAAUAAGAGGAACAACAACAACAACAACAACAACAACAACAACAAGGACAACAGCGAUAACAACAAUGACGUCACACAUGUGGUGGGCGUGUUGCGUUGUGCUGGCGGCGAUGGCCGGUGACGGCAGGAAUGGCGGUGGCAGCGGGAUGGUGUUGGCGAAGCCCAUUGUGGAUCCUGGGUUAUUUGUGAUCCAGGGCGUGUCCAGCUGCCGCGACGGUGACGGAUACUGCAUGCUUGGCGCCAACUGCUCCGUGGAUGUGGACUUCCUUCCAGACGACGAAGGCGGCAACUGUGCAGGGCUGCGAGAGGCCUUCACGCCGAAGAUAGAUUUCUCGUGCUGCAGAUAUAACCCCUUAGGUAAGGAGACAAGUGAGGCCCCAACAACUACACUUUCCUCUGUCACAGUCACUGAUGUCUUCUCUCUCAUAGACGAAGAGGUCCUACAGCAGAUCCAGCAGCAGCAGCAAGAGGAAAUGGACUACGAGAAACUGAACCCAGAGAACCUGAUUGACAUUGUGGGAGUUGUAACAGACUUCACAGGCAUUGUGGGCCUCGUCACGCGACCAUGGACCGGAACACUUCCCACCCGUGCUCCCACAACAACCACUUCAACUUCCACCAUCAAACCUGAGCUCCCAUCUCAGGCCACUCCCGCUCUGUCUCCACCAGAAGAGGACUUAGGAGGGGAACAGCUAGAAAUCACGGAAAGCUACCAUGAGGUACUUACCACCAGUGUUACACCACUUCCUGCUACAGUUCUUUUAAAAGAAAAACUUCAGACCUCUGGUGACAUCCUGGUGACCAAAGUUUUCACCUCAAAUGCUACUUCUUUGCCGCCGACGACUCAGAAUUCUUUAGAAACUCCAGAAACGACCACAGAAAAUAGGGAGAACCAGAAUGAGAGUCACCAAAAUGAAGACCAGGCAGGAUAUGAUGACCACCUAAUUUUGCAGCCAGUCAAUCAAAACAUCUGUGGAUUCAAGGGACCCAGUAUGCCUGAACCGAGUGGACUAAGUCGUAUUCUGGGCGGGGUGACGGCCUCCACGUUGGAGUGGUGCUGGAUAGCAGCUCUCAUGGAACGCCGCGCUGGGGGCAACAAAUAUAUCUGCAGCGGUGCUCUAAUUGAGCCCGAUCUGGUACUCACCACUGCCACAUGCCUCAGAAGGUUGGAUCACAGCAACCUUUCAAACUACAUCGUCGUUUUAGGUGACAGCGAUCUCAAAGAUGACCUACCUUACGGAAUACAGUUCCACUCCAUCGUCCAGGCGGUGGUACAUCCUCACUACUACACCUCCGGGGGAGCACACGUCAAUGAUAUAGGGCUGCUAAAGUUGAGGAACCCAGCCACGCUGACGGACAACGUGUGUUUGAUGUGUAUUGCACGUCAGGAUGCGUCCAUACCUGCCUCCCAAUGUGUCGUGGUGGGAUAUGGUUUAGGCGCCUUUCCUGUCUCCGCCCACAACAAUGCUUACCCUCAAACCCAGGCUUUCGUGCACAACUAUGCAGCAAAGGUAGUUGGCAGAGUACCGUCAGAAGGCGUGUUGAGGAAGCUCUCGGUGCCUCUGCUUGGAGCCGAGGAGUGCCGCACCGUGCUGCAUAAUGUGACUGGUUCCAAAAUCCUCGCAGAGUCAAACUCCUUCCUGUGUGGAGGAAUCAGUCAAGGUGUUGCCUGCCAUAGUACCCUGGACGGAGGAUCACCCUUGGGUUGUGAGGUAGGCGGCCGAUGGUUCCUGGCAGGUCUGGUAUCCUGGUCGCGAGAUUGCUCCUCGUCAGGCCAGGCCAGUAUUUACUCUCGGAUCCCUGCGUUCACUGGUUGGGUGCAAGCAGCUUACCUCCGUUCUCUAGGGUUUGCGACAAGCCCCCUGCAGACACGCCAAAUCCACUGGAUUUACCACCAUUUGGACAAGAUCAACAAGGAAUUUGCAUAAUGAAGGGGACGCUAAUGUGUUGCCAGCCUGGAAUGAUCCCCUAUUGACCAGCUGAGUGACCAGUUGACUGACUGAAUCAAUAAAACUACUGAAUGAAUUACAUUUUAUUGAAACAUGGAAGCAGUGAUUUUCCACUCAUCUGACCUGAAGAGUAAAACACAGAAAUGUUACUGAUCAUAUUCUCUUUAAAGUGAAUAAUAAUGUAACAAAGUAAGAAAACCAACUUGAUUUUUUUUUCGGUGUUUAAGUUCGGGUUCCCCUGAUGAAUCAGGAUUAAAUCGGUACCUCCUAAUGGAGGACUUUUAGUUUUGACAUUAGAGAAACAUUACUUCGAGUGGAUGCUUCUUCUAACCACAGAUCAUGACGAAGAUUUUAAUCUGUGCGGCUUAGGCCCCAUUGGUUCCUUUGCAUGGGUGGUACCACACUUUCAUGAGGUUUUUUUGUACAAUGUUUCCAGAGUUUGGCAGGUCAUAAAGCUUUCCUUUUAUUAAUGUGCAGCUAUCAGACGGAUGAACGAAAAGAUUAAGGAGAAGGAAUUUUUUAAGGUUACUUCAUCAAUUUUUUAAUCUUGAUCUGAAAAAAAAAAAAGGCAUACAACCAACUUAGUUGACAGUAAGGAGACAAUGAAAACAAUUUGGUGUUAAUAUUUUAUUAUGUGAAAGUUGAAACUACUGACUAAUAGGAGGAACCCAGGUAAAAUCUUGUAAGGGUUCACCUUCUUACCUUAGAAAUAUAAGUUCUCUAUACCAAAGCCUUG